GACCAUUGUUCAACAUUACCUUCUACAAAGUGGAUUUCAUGGCUGUAUAGCCGUGAACUCUCCUUCAUAGUAAACAAUAUCCCUCAGAUUUCUCUCCACCGCGCGUGGAUCGGUCCGCCUACCCUAGGGUAACGUGUAAUUUGAUCUGAUAUCGUACUCCUGAGAUUAAUACUUGAGCACUGCGCUGUGUCUAUUCCAAUGUCGCGCUCCCAUACGAAAAAGAAGCCGUGGCAAGUGAUUGCGAAAGAGGCGCAGGACUAUCGGGACUCAACCAUUGCUGAGUUGUCUCCAAGCGCCCCAAGAGUGCCGGCGAAGCUUCCCAAAAAUGUCCUCCCGCUACCGCAGGAGCUGUUGGACGUCUCUGUGCUCACCAUCACAGAGCUGCCGCCGGAGGAGCUUCUGGUCUCGCUGGCCACUGGAAAACUGACUGCGGUUGCUGUUACUGACGCCUAUCUACGUCGGGCAGCAGUGGCUCAAGGCCUCGUCAAUUGUCUCACGGAACUCCUCCCCUCUCUGGCACUGUCCAGAGCCAAAUACCUUGACGACUAUUUUCAGAAGCAUCAGAAGCCCAUAGGACCACUUCAUGGCCUCCCGAUCAGCCUGAAAGAGCACUUGGGAUUGAAAGGGCUCAGAUGUACCACCGGCUUUGUCUCACACUGGGACCAUAUCUCGAAGGAAGACGCACACAUAUUGCAGGUGUUGUCCGAUGCGGGAGCUGUGUUCCAUUGUAGGACAACUGUGCCCCAGCUGAUGAUGCACCUCGAAACGGACUCUAACCUAUAUGGUGUCACUGUGAAUCCCUACAACUCGCAACUGACAUCUGGCGGCUCAUCUGGUGGGGAAGGUGCACUCAUUGCUCUUAGAGGCUCCCCGCUGGGUAUAGGCUCCGAUGUGGGAGGCAGUAUACGCAAUCCUGCUGCGAAUUGCGGCAUAUAUGGAUUCAAGCCGACAGCGUUCCGCAUACCAACAGACGGCUGGGGCUACAUGAUGGCUGGGGCGGACAAUGUUGAGAGCGUCCUUGGACCCCUGUCCACCUCAUUGGCUGGGCUUCAGCUUUUCAUGAAAGUAAUCAUCGAUUCGCAGCCCUGGCUUACGGAACCCGCCCUCAUACCGAUGCCGUGGAGGGAAGUAGAAAUUCCGAAGAACCUCAAAAUCGGCGUCCUGUGGCAUGAUAACGUCGUGCGGCCCCAUCCACCCGUUUCUCGGGCACUACGUUUGGUCACUGAAAGGCUGAAAACAGCUGGUAUAGAGGUUGUCGAUUUCCCGCCAUAUUUGCAUGAUGAGGCAUGGGCUAUUAUAUCCUCUCUCUACUACCCUGACGGAGGGGAGUAUGACUCCGAUGCUAUCCAAAGCUCUGGCGAACCAUGGAGACCGCUUUCCAAAUGGAUCGUCAAAGAAAAUCCUUGUGUCAAAAAGAUGUCAGUCGGUGAGCUGACCUAUUGGCUCGAGGAACGUGAAGCUUAUCGUAAGGAAUAUGCGCUUCACUGGAAUGAGUAUGGAGUCGAUGCCUUGCUUUGCCCUGUUGGACCUGGGGUAGCGCCUCGUCAUAAUACAGCAAAGUAUUGGUGUUACACGAGCCAGUGGAACUUGCUCGACUAUCCAGGAGUUGCUUUCCCUGUUUGUAAAGUCGAUGAGGCCGUGGACAAGCUCGAGGAUGACUUCAAGCCAAUGAGCGGUCACGACUCUGAUAACCGGAAGCUUUACGAUCCGCAAGAGUUCCAUGGCCUGCCCGUCAGUUUACAGCUCGUUGGAAGGCGUUUUGAGGAUGAGAAGGUUUUGAAGGUAUUGGAGUUCGUGACCAAAAAGAUUGGGCUUCCCUUCGAAAACUUCCCUUGACAGCCUGAUGGUUAUAGACAGAUCUUUGCGUGCUUUUCCUGAGGUUGCCAGCGAGGCAAGGCAAGAUAUUCAAGGUGGCCUCCAAUUGAGGUUACCGACACCAUUUGGGAACCGUAGACUUGGCGGGGAUAUUAGUUUCUACGUUCAUCUGGACGUAAACUUG